AUGCUAAUAUGAGCAAAACUUAAAAUUGAACAAGGUGAAAGAGAAGAAGUAGAUAAAUACUUAAAUCAAAUAGAAAAAAUAUAUAAAAUUGAUAAAAUAUUGAUGGGUACUCCAGGAAAGAUACAGCCCAAGCAUGAUGAAAUUUUAAGGUGAAUAGAUUUUGUUAAUGUUCUGUUAAGGAUUCGAGAUUUAAUAAAAGCAGAAAAAAUAUUAAAAUAUAUUGAAGAGAUAUUUAAAACAAAUUUUUUAAGUAGCUGGAGCUUAAAACGAGAGUUAUAUUUAUUGCUUGGACUUUUAUAA